AACGGCCGCGCGCAGCCCUUGCCGCCGCCCUAGCGGCCGGCGUCGGCGCGAGCCCCAGCGCGUCCCCGGCCUCCCGGGGGGAGCGGCGGUAGCACCCCGCCCGUCACCGAGCCUUCGCCAACGCAGCCCGCCCCGGCGGCCGCCGGCCAGCCGGCGCGGAGAGGCCAGGGGUGAAACGCGGGCUGCUCCACCGGCUGCCUCCCCCGCGCCCGUUCCCCCUCACCCGGCCGCACGCGGCCCCGGGGGAGGCCGCCCCACCCCGCUGAGCGGGCAACCGCGGGCACCUCCCAGCCCGGAACCAUGGUGCUGCGGCCACGGGUACCCGCCGGGCCUCGGCGAAACGCUGCACAUCCCCCCCCUCCGCCCCUUCCCCUCCCAGCCGCCGGACCUGGCUGCCGGCGGCUUCCGGCGGGGCGGGCGUUCGGCGCUAUGGGGCGGCCGCGGCGGUUCCUGGAGGUGGCGGCAGAGGGGCUGGCGGGCGCCUGCCCGGCCCAGGCGCGGUUCCUGCUGUGGACGCUUCGCAACUCCCGAGAUAAUGAAGGUGGAUUAGAAGGGGUAUGUCCUUACUGCUUCCAGUUCCUGGUUCCUGAUAGCUGCCGGGUGCGUCUCAAACCAAAGAUGAAAGUGACUCCACAGAUAGAGAAAAUUCUUAAACGAGAGGCAAAGAACCGUAAACUUAAUAUGAAACAGACAAAGCUUUUGAAAAAGUACAGGGAGUCAAGAAGCAUUCUGCUGGUAACUUGCAACUCAUGCAACAAAACAACAAGACAUUAUGGUAAAAGCAGGGAUUUUCUGGCUACCACAACACGUAAUUCUGGCACUCCAAGUACUAAAUCUAGCCUGAGGACACCAGAUGUAAAAAUGCAGCCUGCAAACAAAGCAACACCUGUGAGCGGCAGUAGGUUGGGAUCUAAAGGGAACACUCCCUCAUCACUUCCCAGAAUGUGUGUAUCUGGACAGGCGACAACCGGCUCUGCUUCUAAGACUCGCCGAAAUUCCAAGUUUCACUUUUCUAAGCUAAAACGGAUGCUUAACCUAGAAGAAAAAGAGAAAAGCCAGAAGGCAGAUUUGAAAACCUUCUUGACUUCACUUUAGUUAUACAUUAUUUUAAAGUAAUAAAGACAACAGCAAUAAGA